AUGAUCUCCCUAACCAGAAACCAGCAUCUAAUCAUCAACCUCUGCGCGAUCAUCUCGUUAUUUUUAUGGGUCAACCACAAACUCGGGCAACUCGCCGACAAUGGACAGCCAGGAAAUUAUGGACCGGUAGCUAAAGUCUCAAGAAGACCCGGAAAUAUUGUCAUUUAUAAUCGGGUCCCAAAAACCGGAAGUACAACCUUUACUAAUGCCGUGGCGUACGAUAUGGGGAAGAUUAAUGGGUUUACGACGAUACAUUUGAAUAUGACGAAGAAUCGGCCUGUAAUGAGCCUGCCAGAUCAGGGAACCUUUAGUCGAAACUUGACCACAUGGGACGAGAUGUUGCCCAUAUUUAUUCAUGGACAUGUGGCUUAUGUGGAUUUUGAGAGAUUCGGCUACGCCCCGCCAAUUUACAUCAACCUGUUACGUGAGCCGUUGGAGCGCCUGCUCUCUCACUACUACUUUUUGCGCUACGGCGACAAUUAUCGGGUGGGGCUGAAGCGGAGCCGAGCCGGCAAUAAUGAGACGUUUGAUCAGUGCAUCCGAAGAAGCGGAAAGGACUGUGACGUCAAGCAACUCUGGCUGCAGAUACCGUAUUUUUGCGGUCACCACCCGUUUUGCAGCGAAGUCGGCAACAAACUAGCCCUCGAAACGGCAAAACGACAUCUCGUUGAGAAAUAUCUUCUUGUCGGGACCACCGAUCGAAUUCGGGACUUUAUUGGGCUACUCGAUGUUACAUUACCUUCCUAUUUUCGAGGAGCUCUCGAGCAUUUUGACUCGUUGGAUGAAAAUCGGGCUCAUCUUCGAUCUACAAAAAAGAAAAUUGAACCGGCUGAUGAUACCGUAAUCCUGAUAAAGCAGACAGAAGCCUAUCAGCUGGAACGGGAAUUCUACGAUUUUGCCAAGGAGCACUUCCAAGCGGCUUUUCUGAAAGCGACAAACAAUACGGGAAAUGUCGAUCAGCUACUCCGGGUGCCACAGUAUCACUACGAAAAGAUCAAAACUUUCCAC